AUGGCUGAAGGAGCUUUGUUCCACCUUGCAGAAAAAGUCCUUGAACUGCUGCGUUCCGUAACUCUCCAAGAGGUCAAACUGGCCUCUAGUGUCAAAACAGAGAUUGAAAAACUAACAAGCACUGUUACCACAAUCCAAGCAGUGAUUCUAGAUGCAGAAAAGCAGAGUUCUCAAGACCAUCAGAUCAAAGAUUGGCUCAGAAAGCUUAAGGAUGUUCUCCAUGAUGCAGAUGACUUGCUGGAUGAUUUCUCCACUGAUGUUUUGCGACAGAAAGUGAUGACAAAGAAGGUAAGCAUUUUCUGUUCAAGUUCUAACCGGCUUACUUUUAGUCCUAAGAUGGGUCAUGAAAUAAAAGCAAUUAGGGAGAGACUAAAUGCCAUUACAAAAGAUAAGGAGGAUUUUCAUUUUAGUCAAAGCUUCGUUGAGCCACAAGUCAUGAAUAGGGAAAGGGGAGCUUAUUCUUUUGUAUUUGAAGAAGUUGUUGGGAGAGAGAAUGAUAAGGAAGUGAUUAUAGAACGUCUUUUUAAUGAUAAUGUUGUAGAGAAUAUUUCUAUCAUUCCAAUAGUUGGCAUUGGAGGAUUGGGGAAGACAACCUUAGCUCAGCUAGUAUAUAAUGAUGAAAAUGUGGACAAAAAUUUUGAGCUAAAGCUUUGGAUUUGUAUCUCUGAUAUCUUUGAUGUAAAACGAAUUGUUAAAGAAAGUUUAGAACAAUUGACAAAGAGGAAGCAUGAAGGAAGCUUUGAGAUCUUGGAAAAACAGUUUCGAGAAGGAUUUAAUGGAAAAAAAUACUUGCUUGUCCUGGACAAUUUGUGGAUUGAGGAUAAAAAGAAAUGGCUUCUCUUGAGAAAUUUGCUAAUGGUUGGUGCAAGGGGAAGUAGGAUAAUCGUGACCACACGCUCAAAAAGGGUAGCAUGGAUAAUAGGGCCAAUUUCAUGGUAUGCUCUAAAAGGCCUACCUAUAGAAAAGAGUUGGAGCUUGUUUGUAAAAAUGGCAUUUGAACAAGGCCAACUGCUAGAACACCAAGCCUUUAUAAGCAUAGGAAAAGAGAUUGUGGAUAAGUGUGGUGGGGUACCUCUCAUCGUAAGGACAAUAGCAAGCUUGCUACGUUCCAAACCUUCAGAAAAUGAAUGGCAAUCCUUCAAAAACUAUGAACUCUCAAAAAUAACACAACAAGAAGAAUAUGAUAUUUCAUUAACACUUAGGCUGAGUUAUGAUCAUCUACCAUCACACUUAAAGCAAUGCUUUGCUUAUUGUAAAUUGUUUCCAAAAGAUUCCAAAAUUGAUGUAAAAACACUUAUUCAUCUUUGGGCAGCGCAAGGUUUUAUUAAGUUAUCAAAUUCAAAGCAAUGUAUUGAGGAUGUUGGCAAAGAGUAUUUUAUGGUAUUACUUUGGAGGUCUUUUUUUCAGGAUGUAAUAAAAGAUGAAUUGGGCAAUUUAGUAUUUUGCAAAAUGCACGAUCUCAUGCAUGAUCUAGCAAAUCUUGUGGCUGGGGCAGAAAGUACCAUGUUAACUUUAAGUGAGGAACAUAUUGAUGAAAAACUUCGUCAUGUAUCAUUUGAUCUUAGGUAUUCAUUGAGGCAAUUCCCAAUCCCCAUGGUUAAAGGAAUGAAAAUACGAACAAUUCUUGGAGCUAGUGUAGGGCAAGAGUUGAGUAAAUUAACUUGUGAUGCACUCAUUUCAAAUCUCAAUUAUUUACGCACAUUAGAUUUGAGUAAAUUAAAGCUAUGUAUAGUGCCAAAUUCAAUUGGAGAAUUAAAGCAUUUACGAUAUCUUGAUCUUUCUGAAAAUGAAGAUAUUGAAUUUCUCCCUAAUUCCAUUACUAAACUGUUGAAUUUGCAAACAUUAAAACUCAAGUAUUGUAAGUCGCUUAGAGAAUUACCGAGGGAAAUUAAAAAUUUUGUCAAUCUCAGGCAUCUAGAUAUUUUUGAAUGUCAAAGAUUGACUCAUAUGCCCCUUGGACUUGAUCUUUGUACUUCUCUUGAGAUACUACCACUUUUUGUUGUAAGCAAGGCUAAGUGUAGUGGUGGAUUGAGUGAAUUGAAGGAGUUAAGUAAUUUGGGAGGAAGCCUAAGUAUUAACAAUUUGGGACAUGGAAAAGAUGACAUGCUGGAGCUGGAAUGUGAAGCUGCAAAACUGAAGGAGAAACAACAACUUCAACAAUUGAAAUUAUGGUGGGACUCAAGGUGGGCUGAAAAUAAUUUAAGUUAUGAUGAAAUGUCACUAGAAAAGCUCCAACCACAUCCAAAUCUUAAAGCUUUGAAGUUGUGGUUUUAUAUGGGUGUGAUAAUUCCAAGUUGGGUUUCUUCGCUCACUAAUAUUGUCGAUUUGGAGUUCUAUAGAAACAGAAACUUGCAACACCUCCCACCAUUAAAUCAACUACCUUUUCUAAAGUCCGUCAUCCUUAAGUAUAUGGAAGCACUUGAAUACAUAUCGAAAGAUACUAUUAGUAAAGCACUUGGUUCCUCAAAAACAACAUUCUUCCCAUCCUUAUCUUCUCUCAUAAUGUAUGAAUGCCCAAAUUUGAAGGGUUGGUGGAGGAAAGUUGAUGACAAUGAAUAUGGGAGCAACACAGAGUCCAUCAACAACAGUGACGACAUCAACCUCCGCAACAUUAGAAGAGGUUAA